GGGAGUACCGCUCCCAGACUCGGAUGAAACUAGUUGCCCGUAGCCAGGGUGGCAUCAGAGGAAGGAGGCAGACUCUGAACUGCGCUGGGGCUAAGUCGUGCGCAGAAAGACUGACUCGGUCCGACCAGGCUGUCCUGCAGGCUGAGAAUGCCAAGAACCAUGUGGGUCUUCCUCCCUGUCCUGCUGAGCACCCUGCUUUGUGUACAGCCAGCUCACAGUCUCCGUUGCUAUAACUGUACAGCGGCAACGAAAUCCAGUCAAUGCAACUCUGUUGAGUGCUCCGUGUCAGAAACUCGCUGUGGGAGUAUUAAAGUUGCAGAUAAAGAUGGACCAGGGAACAAAAUGCUGUAUUUCAAGGGUUGUACUAAUACUUCCUGUGGAGAGUUUUUCAUGAAAUUAUGGGGCAAGGCCAAUAAAGAGAUCCCCCCAUCUCUUAUAGAAGUGGAUUAUAGCUGCUGUUCGAAGGAACUGUGUAACGGGGUAGAUGGGAUCAGAGGCAGCCCCUUGGCCCUGAUAGGGAUCCUCCUGCUCAGCCUCGGACCUGCCUUCUGGGCCAUGCUGUGAGGGCUUCAGUCACUUCCUCGCGGACCCUGCCUGGUGGUUUCUCUUAUUCCUCAGGAACAGAUAUUCAGCUUUCUCUCUGCACCUCCCCUGCUUUUAGAACAAUUGCAAACAAAAUUUACCAGAAUUUUGUCAGUUCUGAUGGACACAAAUACAUGUGUGAGGACACACAACAGACACACAUCUACAUAGACAGAUGCACAGAAACAAAUGGACAUUUACUGUUUUAUGGAGUUAUCAAUGCCUCUCUACUGUUUGUUAGCAGUGAGAGCUACCUAAGAACUAUUAAACAUUCAAUCCCUAUUGGAGGUAUCUGUGGAGGAUUCCUCAGAGACCUAUUUCUCUGGUUAUCUUUCUUUUCUUAGUUUCAUUUAUGCCUUUUAUUUUUCUAUUGCAUCCUUUUCUAAAUAUAUCCAUCCCACCCUCCCCUAGUCAGAAAGCCAUACCUUAUACCAAAGGUUAAAAGAAACAAAAGCAUUUUCAGCAAAAUCAUCUAACACGAUGAAUGACCAAGUGUACCAGACUAGGGAAUACUUUGCACUCAGACUCUCCAAUGAAAGGAGGGAGGUGAAUUUUUUUUAUCUCUUCUAUGGGUCACAAUUAAGCAUUAUAAUACAAUGUUUGGUUUUGUUUAAAAAUUAUUUCAAUUUAAUA